UCUGGGUUCGAAAUAAUACCUGUCUACCUGUCGAUUUCAGGUAAUUUUAGGAAGUGACAGGUAAAAAAUAUUGAUGCCUGUCGCUGGCGACAGGCAAGAAAAACCUCAAUAAUUCAUAAUUUAUCAAUUUGAAUAAUAUUUCCAUCCAUUUUCCACCAGCAUGCGUGCUCACUCGUUCAGUUCAUUGGAGUUCUCGCACAGGACUCGCACGGUAUAUGCGGUAGUUACCAGGCUCUACUCAAUAAAAACGAGAUGAUGCAAUCUUUGUAGUGCGCAUGACGAGAUAACAAAUGCCAUAUGACUUGCUUUGCUUCUUCGUCGAUCGAAACAUUAUAAUCGGAUGAUGAUACGGAUCGCUUUCUGCUAAAGCGAAAAAGUGCUAAGGAAGCGGAAGUGGAAGAAGUUCAUGUAGAAGAGAAUUUGGCAGCACCGACAACGAAACGUAAUAAUGUACGAGUAUUCAAGUUCAAUGAGAAAUGGAAUUAGAUGGGCGUCCAUGGUUGUCGUUGGAGGAUGGAAAGAUGUUCUGUUCUUACUGCAAAGUGUUUGACAAAACAAGCAGAAACAAAUUCAUCACAGGUUGUGAAUCGAUGCGCAUGGAGAAUGUCCGCUCACAUGAAGCAAGCAAUGCUCAUAAAACUAGCCACUCGGCGUUCUUAAACAGUAAAAAACGUCCAGCAGAGCAGCCCAUCGUCAAAGCGCUGAUUAACAUGGAAAACCACAACACUGACCUCAUGAAAAAACUGUUCACAACUGCGUUUUUUGUGGCCAAAAACGAAAAGCCGUACACAGAUUUUGUCAAGUUAACAGAACUCCAAGCGGCAAACUAUGGUGAUGAGAUCCUAACAAAACACUACAAUAGUGAUAAACAAGCGAAUGAAUUUAUUCAUUACAUUGCCAAACAUGAGAGUGACACGAAAUUGCGCAAAAUUAACAGUUCAGAAUUUAUUGCUGUUGCAUUAGAUGGGUCUACAGACUCUGCCAAUGUCGAAGAGGAGUCCUACUUUGUUUCAUAUCUAGAUGAGGACUGCGAGCCUUGUAUAGAUUUUGUGAAAAUCGUUGGAGUUGAAGGACGUGCAACAGCACAAGGCCUUGCAGAUGGCUUUUUUGCAACCUUUUCUACUCUUGACGUGGACGUGAAAAGCAAAUGUGUUCAACUGGCAACAGAUGGACCUCAUGUAAUGAAAAACAUGUGCAAACUAGUCAGAAAUGAAAUUAAAUGGCUGUUGGAAUUUCAUUGUGCAAAUCAUCGUCUGGAAUUGUCGUUUAAAGAUGCAGUAAAGACGAUACCACUGUAUAAUGAUGCACACAGUUUACUAGAU